CUCACUGGUGCUCUGACACACACACACACACACACACACACACACAUGCAGAGAUACACACAACUCCACACACACACACACACUCAGACAUACUGCAAACUCUCCACAGCAAACUCUGAGCCAUAAUGCGAAGGCACCUCAGAGCAGACGGGUGCAUUGCUCAAACCAAGUGGGAUACGGUGCGGCUUUGAUAGUGCGUUAAUUACUCAUGUGAUGUGAUACAGAUGUCUGGGGGCUUCAGCCGAAAGUUUGCCUGACGGUUUCCAAGGGGGCCAGGCAGACAUUUUAGAGAAGUGAUAUAUUGGGACAGUCUUUCAAUCAGUGAAAUCAAAGCUACAAAUGUGUUCCAUAAUGGGCACUCCAGCUGCACAUAUGUUGGUGCUGAUGGUCUGUAUGGCAGCCAGAGGAAUGUGCCAGAUAAACAGAAAUGAAGCAAAGGAGGGCCCUCUCGUAGGCUCUCUGGUCCAUUCUACCCUCCAAUCUCCAAGUUUCUACAGCACCAUCAGUCCCAGUACGGGGCCAGGCCUCCACCUGGGGAUCCCUAAUGCACAAGCUGUGGGAUCUUCAAAUGAAACUGUCGUAAAGAAGCCAGAUCCACCUCCGAUGUGCCGUGGAACUACCUCUAUUAAGAACUAUUUUAAGUACAUCAACACCAUCCUUUCCAUUACUGUCUUUGUGAUUGGCCUGGUCGGCAAUGCCACCUUGCUGAGGAUUAUAUACCUGCACAAGUGCAUGAGGAAUGGGCCAAACGCCCUCAUUGCCAGUCUGGCACUGGGGGACCUUAUCUACAUAAUCAUUGAUAUCCCCAUCCACGUAUACAAGCUCCUGUCCUCACGCUGGCCUUUUGACGACAGUGGUGUUGGCCUGUUUCUGUGUAAGCUUGUGCCCUUCCUGCAGAAAGCCUCUGUGGGCAUUACUGUUCUCAACCUGUGUGCCCUCAGCGUUGACAGAUACAGAGCUGUGGCAUCCUGGAGCAGAGUUCAGGGAGUGGGCAUCCCCCUGUUGACAGUCAUUGAGAUUGUGUCCAUUUGGGUGCUGUCGUUCUUCCUGGCAGUACCGGAGGCUAUCGGCUUCGACAUAAUCACCUUCAACUACAGAAACCAAACCAUUCGCACCUGCAUGCUUAACCCCGAGAGCGACUUCAUGUUGUUCUAUACGAAGGCAAAGGAUUGGUGGCUGUUUGGCUUCUACUUUUGUUUACCACUGCUCUGCAUAGUUGUGUUCUACACACUGAUGACCUUUGAGAUGCUCAACCACAGGAACGGCAGCCUUCGGAUAGCCCUCAGUGAGCAUCUUAAACAGAGGAGGGAGGUGGCCAAGGCCGUCUUCUGCCUUGUCCUCAUCUUUGCCCUCUGCUGGUUCCCACUGCACCUCAGCAGGAUCCUUAAAAAGACGGUUUACAACGAGAGGGAUCUGCAGCGUUGUGAGCUGCUCAAUUUCCUGCUGGUCUUGGAUCAUGUUAGUCUCAACCUUGUAACAUUCAACUCCUGCAUAAACCCCAUUAUCCUCUACUUUGUCAGCAAGAAGUUUAAGAACUGCUUCAAGUCGUGUUUGUGCUGCUGGUGUUACUCUGACAACCAGCUGAGCAGCAUCGGACCUAUGAAUGGCACCAGUAUCCAGUGUAAAAGCCCCGAGCCCAACAACCUCCACACUGAUCGCAGCAUCAGGAAAGACAGCGACUGAUCUCUGACUUGGGGAAUAUUUUUCAAGCUCUUCCUCCAUACACCCACCAGCUUGUAAAAUGCAGCCAAUGCUCACCCAAAAAUAUACACAUCAAAAAGUGCUUUUUCAGACAACAAAUGCACAUCCUGAGGACCACUGACAACGAUGGAUAAGGAACUGGACUUAAAAGGAACAAACAAUGGAUUUAGUUUACAAUGCUCUGAAGUUGCCCAAUCCUCUCAGCAGGUGAAACUUCCUAAAACAAACUUCUUGUAUUCCCACACCCACGGACAGUGACGCUGUAGCGUGAGAGAAGAAGGGGGAGAGCGGGAUGAGGAGGAGGAGGACUCUUUAACAGGAUGCAGCUGAACAGUGACUAUAAAUUACUCUCAAUCAGUAGCUGAGUGUGCUAUUCCUGUAAAGGGCAACACUACUGGGAAGGAUGCACAAAGCCACAGGAAGGAAAAAGCAGACUGCGUGCUGUCAGAGGGAAUGAUGGGAGAUGAGUAUGCGCUGUCCCCUGGAGUUCACUCAUUGACGGUGGAAAACAAGAAAGCAUGUUACUGACUCGAGCCACAAUUAAUUUUACAUUGAACAUGUGAGUGGUUGUACAGUGUAUUUUACUCACACUCAUUAUAUUGAGCUACUUUAUGGUAUAAUUAGAAGAAUAUUUGGAAGUUCAGUUGCUUCAUGUUUGACUCUUUCUGUGUUCUCUGAUUCAUCAGGAUAAGAGGAAAAUGUGUCAGAACAAAAAGAUUCAUCAUCCAUACAUCAACAAAAAUCCUUUCUGCUUCAUGUAGUCUUGAUCCAAAGAUUUUUGUAAUCCAAAAUGAAAGAUUUCUGUGUUAGAAUAAGCCAAGAUACACUGGCACAAAAAUCUAUUACAGAGUUGUAGGUUUUAGAGCAGAUAAAGUAUAGGCACAUGUCAAGCAAAUGGUAAAUAUGAAGUAAUGCAUUAUGAUACUUCUGAUACCACCAUAGACCAAAAAUGGACAGGAAUUAGUGCUUUUCUAAACACUGUGAAGAACUGUGACAUGUAUGCUUGUAUAACUCAUAGAAUAUAUGUGUGUGUAUAUAUAUAUAGUGUCCACUUUUAUAAAGUGUUAUAUUGCAGUAACAAUAAGUAUUUUACUCAGACUACAUUACCUGUGUAAUGGCAGAGGCAAAUGAGUAUUUAAUGUUGGUGGUAAAUUAAAGGAAUAGUUUGAUAUUUUGGAAAAUAUGCCAAUUUGGCUGUCUUGCGCAGCGUUAGAUGAGAAGACUGAUACUACUCUCUUGUCUGUGAAAUAAAUAUUUAGCUACAGCUACAGAUGGUUAGUUUAGUUUAGCAUGGACUGGACACAAAAGAAACAACCAGUCUGGCUUUGUUUAAAUGUGACAAAAUCCACCUGCAAGCCCGUCGAAAGCGGACUAAUUAACAUGUAAUAUCUAGUUAGUUUAAUCCGUAUAAAAGGUGGAUUUUAUGAACUUCGCACAGAGCCAGGCUAGGUGCUUCCCCCCUGUUUCUGUCUUUAUGCUAAGCUAAGCCAACUUGCUGCUGUCAGACCGACAUCUGUUUUUUAAUUUACUUUUCUUCUUACUCUGUGCAAGAAAGUGAUAAGGGUAAUUUUUCAAAACUAUUCUUUUAGGCAGAAGUCAUAUUCAGCUACCAAACAACUAUACUAUUUGAUAUGUGAAUACAUGUAAACCUGUGUGUGUUUGAAUGUGUGUUAGCAUGUGUGUGAAUGCUGUGUGUAUCAUUACUUGCACUUCUUUAGCUGGAGUGUUUUGCACACUUGUGUACAGAAGAACAUAUCUGUACAGUAUUAUUUUACCACUAUUCAUCAAAGCGAUUCAUAAUAAUCUGUAAAAAAAAAAAAAAAAUGGAAUUCAUAUUUUUUGUUUGUUGUCAUUGGUUUAACAUGUUAACCACGUGUUUGUGCUGCUGCUUAUACCAAUAAAUCAAUUUCCAUCUCCA